GAUGAUCAGCUUCCUGCAAUGAACAUGCUGAACAAUGGUCUAUCUAGAGCUGGCUUCUAAGAGCAACAGAAAAUAACUAUGGAUUUUUUCCAGAGGUCACCCCCAUUCUUGAUCCAGCUGCAGAAUAUACUGAGAAAAUACCCAGAUGGUGGACAGAUUCUAAAGGAAUUGAUACAGAAUGCAGAUGACGCACGAGCCAGUGAAGUCAUUUUCAUUUACGAUGAAAGAGAAUAUGGGACUGAGAAACUUUCUACAGAAGAACUGCACACUGUUCAAGGUCCUGCACUUCUUGCAUACAACAAUCAAACAUUUACUGACCAUGAUUGGAAAGGAAUUCAAGAGCCAGGAAACAGCAUUAAACGAAAAGAUCCUAAUACUGUUGGGAAGUUUGGACUGGGGUUCAACUCUGUGUAUCACAUUACAGACUAUCCAGCUAUCUUUAGUGGAAAGAACAUUGGAAUCUUAGAUCCACAGGAAACUAUAUUCCAUAGAGGAGGCCGCUGGUGGAGCCUAGAGAAACAUAAGCAGUGCAUCGACGAGGAGUUGGCGGAUCAAUUUCAUCCUUUUCAGAAAGUAUUAGAGGACAUUGGUAAAGGGUCUUGGAAUGAAAUACUUAAUAAUGGUUAUUUUGAAGGAACCCUAUUUCGUUUCCCUCUUAGAUUUACAGCAUCUGAAAUUUCGGAUAAUCUGUACAACACAGAACGAAUUCAAGAGCUGUUUGACUCCUUCAUUAGUGAUGCAAGCCUUAGCCUUCUUUUUCUUCGCCAUGUCAGAACUGUAUCUAUGAAGAGAAUUGAUACAGAUGGGAGCCUAAGGGAUCUUCUUACAGUCAGUGUAUCUACUGAAGUUCUAAAUAAACUGGAGACCUCUGAUGAUGUUAUAGGUACAUGUUUGAAAGUCACUUCUCUAAAAGGUUGCGACAGAGAAGAAGAAGACUGCAAAUGGCUGGUGGUAACCAGUUUAAUACAUGGGAAUAUGUUUCCAGAUCUUGUGGAACUGAGUACGAAAUUGUGUAACAAAGCUUCGCUUGAUCUGGCAUAUCCAUUAACUAAAAGUGGCUCUGCCCUCGCUAGUGGCCGCCUGAGUUGUUUUCUACCGCUUCCUGACAAGGAAGACAACAAAACAGGACUACCCAUCCUCAUUAAUGGAAGUUUUGAUCUAACAGAUGACCGGAGAAGCAUGAAGUGGCUGGAGGUUGACCAACAGCACGAUGAAGCUGCUAAAUGGAAUCAAAUUCUGGUGGAGAAACUGUUACCUUUAGUAUAUAAAUGUGCAGUCAAGGAAACUGUAUCUCUUGUUAAGACAUCACAGAUAACAACUGAGGUGGCAUACGGCAUUUGGCCAGACCCAGAAAGAACUAUGCACAAGGCCAGGUGGCAUAACCUUACUAAGAAGAUGGCCCAAAUAUUACUUAAAGAGAAGAUACUGCAGACUGCUGACAAUUCUGAUUGGAUAACUGCAUAUGAAGCCGUUUUUUUCCCAUUCACCGAUACAGAUGAAGCCCUUCUAGAUUGUUUAGAGCAAUUACUUUUGCUGGUGAAACAGCCUUUAGUUAAAAUUCCAGAACACAUCAAAAGGUCUAUUCUUUUGGCAGAGAACAACACUUUAAAACUGAAUAAAGUGUCCCCUUCUUUUAUUCGAAAUAUCUUACGAACCAGAGACUGGAGGACUUUUGCAAAUGAAAAGAAAAUGCUGCUCCUCUCAUAUAUACUGAGUGACAAACAAUACAGUGACCUGCUGAAUAUUCAGCUUCUGCCUUUAUCUGAUGGGACAUUCACAAGCUUUCAGAACAAUGAUGAUGACAUGGUUUACCUUGACAGCCAAGAAUAUCCCAGGAUUUUGUUGCCCGGACUUGCAGUGAGAUUUUUGCCUAAAGAUCUUCCCCGUGACCUACUUGUGCACUUCAGAAGUAUUAUUUUAAACAGAAAAUUCAAGAAUCUUGUACAAGUGGAUGAAGCUAUAGUAAGAAGGAGGUUACAGGAAGCUCUGCCGAAAACUUGGCAAGGUGGUCACAACCCAGUCAUGUGGAAUCCAGGAGACCCAAACCAUCCACCCAUUGAAUGGCUUAGUGAGUUCUGGCAUUUCCUCCAGCGACAUUUUGCCAUUUUAGAUUCUUUUGAAAACCAACCACUUGUGCCCUUAAAUCUUAUCAAAGAAUCUUCCACUGACAUUUGGCUUGUUCGUCUAACAAAGAGUACUACGUUGCUUUUCCAAAGUACAAAUGGACAUCACUUGAGUGAUGUUAUGGCUAAGAUGCUUGAACAGAUUGGUUGCACUGUAAUACAAACACAAAGUUCAUGGAUGUGGCACAAAAAUCUUCAGUCAUACAUCCUGGAACCCACACCUAAUAAUAUUCUGAAGACAUUUACCAACCUUAAAUUAGAAAGUAUUGUGCAAACAUUUAGUGGCAUGCCUGAACAAUACACCAAGAUAUUCUCUGAAUUUCUUUCACAAGCAUCAACUUUUCAAACCAAGGAACUGGAGAUUUUGUACAAACUCCCUAUUUUUUGUAGUGUAAAGUCUAUAGGAUGUCCUAAUUUUAGACUGGUGGCUGCCUUUAAAUUAAAAGCGGUGGAGAGAAACACUGUCCCAGUUAUACCUGACGAUCUAGUGUUCCCAAAUGUGUUGCUGAAGUGCAGAGAUGAUUCAGACAGGAUACUUCUACAGCAAAUGAAAAUGAAAUUGCUAAAUGCAAUGGAGGUGGCUUUAUUACUGGUAAAAGCCAUUCAAAAUGGGUCAUAUUCUUACUAUGAAAAGGAAGCACAAAAAGCUAUUUUGUGGAUUUUAAAGAAUGGACACAUACUAUUCAGUCAAUGUGUAGAACUGAAACAGAUUUGUGAAAGGCUUCAUUUCAUUCCAUGCAAUGGUAAGCUUGUACCACCAUCUUCUUUCUUUGACCCUGAUAUAACUAUAUUUAGAAAUUUAUUUGAUCCAGAUAAAUUUCCACCUUCAACAUAUCAAGACCCUUUAGUAUUGACUUCUUUAAGGACAUUAGGAUUAAAGGUUUCCAUACACACAAUCACUUCAGAUGAUGUUCUACAAAUUGCUGCUAAAAUCAGCCAUGAAAAAGUUCAUAUGACCUCAUUGAGCAGGGCUAAAGCUCUUAUCAAUGUUUGUAAUAAUACUAAGGUUUUAUCAGAACUUAACGCUCAUUAUGUAAAAGAACUCUGCAACCACAAAUGGGUUCCAGUAUCCGACCCACAGAUUGUAUUUAUUGAGCCAACAAAGCUCAGAUGCCAAGAGUACAAUAUAAUUGUUCAAUAUUCAAUGCCUAUUACAAAAGACUUUAAUGAUUUUGCAAAUAAAAUUCUUGGUUUACAUGAACCACCACCUCCUCAGAAGGUAGUUGAAAAUCUCAAAAUGCUCAGUCAACAAUAUGAAAAAGAAGAGACAUAUUCCCUACUAAGAAAAGUGCACACUAUUUACAAAUACAUUGAAAAUCACGUUGAUCAGUUCCAUGAUUUGCUGACUAAAGUCCCUAUAUGGAACGGAGAAGGAUUUUCUUGCCCAAGUGACAUAAUUUUAUCAUUCCCAGGAGACUUGGACUUAACCUGCAUGGUGAAAAAAGUUCCUUCUGAUUUUCUCAGUUUUAAAAAACUUUUUAUCAAGUGUGGUGUUCGUAAAACUCUAUCAGAGAGAGAGGUGAUACAAAUACUCUACACUUUACAGAAUAAUAAAGAGACAAAUACUUCAGUUUCUGGCAUGGUUAAAGAACUGAAGCUUUCCAUAUCUAUCAUAGAUUGGAUGAGAAUAAAUAGAGUUUGUGGAACAGACGAUCUUCCUAUCCCAGUACAAGAUGACGAUAAUGGGUUUAGCCUGAAACCGUUGUCUUCCACUCUAUUUUGUGAUAUGGAUAAGAAACAUUUAAAUGAUAUCUCAGCUAACUUCAAGGACUAUCAUAUUGUUCAUGAAGAUGUCUCCCUAUCAACUGUCAAGUUUCUAAACAUCCAACUUUUAAGCACUAAUGUACUAAAGCCAGAGUUCUUUGAACCCUGGGGUCCUUCUGAGCCAGUCACUCUAAGAAUUAAAAACAUUCUCAGAGACUAUAGUGAACAUGUGGAAGUUUUUAAAGAACUUAUACAGAAUGCAGUGGAUGCAGGUGCUACUAAGUGUGAAUUUUUAGUGGAUAUGAGACAGAACUCUGAGUCAAGGCAAAGUCUGAUCGAUGCUGGCAUGACCAGCUGUCAUGGACCAGCACUUUGGUCUUACAAUAAUAGUAAGUUCUCUGAUGAAGACUUUAAGAAUAUCAUCCGCAUUGGUGCAGCCACUAAAGAAACUCAAGUGCAGAAAAUUGGAAAAUUUGGUUUGGGCUUUAAUACAGUCUACCAUAUUACAGAUGUACCUUCAAUUAUGAGUGGAUCUCAAGUUCUUAUAUUUGACCCCAACAUCAAUCACAUGAAGAAACACAUUCAACAUCCCACAAACCCUGGAAUUAAGAUAGAUCUCCAGAAGAAUCCAAAACCUCUAAACAUAUUUGCUGAUCAAUUCUAUCCAUUUUCUGAUGUGUUUGGCUGUGAGCUUAAGCAGCCUUUUUACUUCAAUGGGACUCUAAUUCGUCUGCCUUUCAGGACAGAACAUGAAGCUAAAGACUCACAAAUAUUAAAUCAGGCUUUUACUAAAGAACAAAUCAAAAGCUUAAUGGACAGUUUUGAAGACUCAAAAGACACUAUCAUUAUUUUCUUAAAAAAUAUUAAAAAUGUAACUUUACACUUGCUUAGGGAGAAUUUUAAUCCAAAAGACAAAAUAACAAAGAUAAACCUUAAAAGAGAGCAAGUGAAACAUCUAGAUGCGCCAAAGGAUAUUAUCUUACAGCAAGAACAAAUUAUUGCUUUAAAAGCUUUAGGAAUGGAAGGAAAUGAUAUCACUGCUGCGAACAUUAUUAAAGUUACUGUUCAACACACUCAGACAAGUGAAGAAAAGUAUUACCUGAUACAAAACAGCAUUGGGAUAAAAGAAGCUUUCAUGAUGUUUACCCAGAAUAAAAAAAUAAGUGUUUCUGUUCCUGGCGCUUCAGUUGCAUUUCCUUUAAAGAAAAAUUCUAAUACUGGUAAAUGGACUCCUUGUUUGCUGAACUUUGAGGGAAUUGUGUUCUGUUUCUUACCACUUCCUAUUUCAUCCGGUCUUCCUUUUCAUGUAAAUGGUUCGUUUUCUGUGACGUCUAAUCGGAAGAGCUUGUGGACUACAACAGAAAAGGGAGAAUGGAAUAAAAAGUUACUUUCUGAUGCUGUUAUUGUUGCUUUGUUAACUGCACUGACACGGUUACAGCUGUUAAGUCAAAAUGGUGACAUCGAAGACUAUUGCUAUUAUACAUUCUGGCCUGAUGUCAAAAAAGCCAACACACAGUUCAAAGAAGUAGUGGAAUGUUUCUACAAAGUAGUUACUUUUGGAUUUGCAAAUAGUUUUCCUGCUGUGUUUAGCAAUGGUGAAGAAUAUUGCACAAUAAAACAUGCAUGCUUUCUACAGUUAGAAGACAUCAAAGACGCAAAGAUUCACAGCUUGGCUGAAAAAGUGUUUCGCUUAAGCCUUAAGAAACCAUAUCUGACAGUUUCACUUCCAGACUGGGUUAAGAACUGCUUUGUCUCGAGUAACUGCUUUAAUGAACUACUCCUUAACACAUAUAACUGGGAGAGGUUCUACAGGGAGAUUGUAUUUGAGAACCUUGAGUCAUUAGACAUAGAAGACAGAAAUGCACUUAUCCUUCAUGCCAUUGACAUGCAAGACAAAGAGCUGAACAUGUUACUAAAAUCUAAACCUUGCAUACCAUCAUAUCAUGGAAAUUUACAGUAUACAGAAAAGCUGGUGCACCCCGGAGGCAAAGUAUCAAUAUUGUAUGAUCAGGAAGAAGGACAUUUUCCACAAGGCAGAGAGUUUCUCACUACAGAUAGACUGAAAUGCUUACAGCACCUGGGUAUGAUUAAAGAUGAUCUACCAAUAAAAGACCUGAUGGAGAGAGCCCAAAAGAUUAAGAAUGUCUGGAAACAUGACAGAAACAAAGCUUUGCAAAAAGUGUGUAGAGUAUUGGAGCUUUUAAAUGAUUUACUUGAUCAGUCAUCGUAUAACUCUUACCAGAAUGAGUUCAGAAACAUUAUCUUUCUUCCUGCUUUUCCUCCUCGGAAAAGACUUUGCGGGUUAGAGGACUUGGUACUACUGAAAUCUACAGAUCUUUACUAUUACAAACACACUGAUCUUGUAUGCAUGAUUAAGCCAGUGCUUAGCAAACAACAUGUAAAAACCUUUAAGUUUUCUGAAAAAUUGCUGUCUUUUUUGGGCUUUGAUCAGAGUCUUGAAUCUGAAAUUGUUCUGUUGCAACUCCAGGAAACUCAUAAAAACUCCAACUUGCUAGGUAAGCAAGAAAUUGGUCAGAUAGCAAAAAUGUGUUACAACUAUUUAAAUGAACUUAUUCAAAAAGAGCCAACCCAAACCACUAAAAUAAAAAUGCAAACAUCCACUGUCCCCUUUGUUUUUGUUGGUCAGGAUUUUGUACUUUCCAAACUUGUUGCUCAAGAAUUGUCUUUUGAGGCUUCUCCAUAUUUGUUUAAGCUACCACAAGAAUAUACUGAAUUUGAUAAACUGUGGGAUUGUGUUGGACUGUGCCAGGAAUUUUCAAUUCCUGAUUAUGUUUCUGUCCUUGAAAGAAUGGCAGUGAAGCAUAAAGGAAAUCCUCUUCCAGAAUGUGAAAUAACAAUAGCAGGACAUACCCUUGAAAUAAUAGCUAACAAAAAUACAAAGAUAGCGGAAAAAUCUAAUACUAAUUCAAGUGAUUUGUUUGCACAAAGAAUACUUGUUCCAGACCAGCAGAGUAUUUUGUGCCAUGUUGAUAAAAUAUACUUCAAUGACACUCCAUGGCUUCCUUACGAGACAGAUUUACAUUUUUGUCAUCAGCUAAUUCCACGGCUUGUUGCACAGAAUUUGGGGAUCAAGUCAAAGAUUCACCACACAUUGGAAAAAUUGAAAGUUUCUAGUCUUUCCAACUGGGUUUCUCAAUUUGGAGCUAAGGAAGAGCUCACCACACGCAUCAAAAAUAUUAUAAGUGACUACUCCUCAAAGAAAGACAUACUGAAGGAACUGAUUCAGAAUGCAGAUGAUUCUAAUGCAACCGAAAUUCAUUUUGUACUUGAUAGUAGGACACACCCCACAAAAUGUACUUUUGGUCCAGAAUGGAAUCUAUUGCAGGGCCCAUCUCUGUGUAUUUACAAUAACAAGAAGUUUGAGUCUAAAGAUAUUGACGGAAUCCAGAAUAUAGGCAUAGGUGGUAAAUGGGACUGUUUGGAUAAAACUGGAAAGUUUGGACUUGGAUUUAAUUCUGUAUACCACAUUACUGACUGUCCUUCUUUUUUAACUGGAGAUACUGUUAUGUGUGUCUUUGAUCCAAAUCUUAAAUUUUUGCCAUCAUCUAACUCUGGUAGCCCUGGUGGGAUGUUCACAAUAAACAACAACUUUAAGGGUACAUUUAAAGAUGUGUAUUAUUCAUUUCUUCCUUCUAUGUUUAAUCUGCAAGAGGGUACACUUUUUCGUUUACCUUUAAGGAUGGCUGAAACAGUCACAAUGUCUAAGAUUUCAGAUCAGACAGUCUCAUUAGAGGAUAUUAGGAAUAUGUGCAAGGACCUGGAAGAUGAUGCAGAUAGCAUGGUAUUAUUUUUGAACAACAUCAACACAAUUACAUUUUCUGAGGUCUCUGACACAGAGAGUGUUAAGGAGAUUUUAUCAAUUAAAGCCGAAAUAGAUAAAAAAGGGAUACCCGAUUUUGGAGAAAUUAGGGUGUUUUACAAAAUGAGAAUAAAAUGCAGCAGCUCCAAAAAAACAACACACUGGAUUAUAGGAAAACAGAUUGGUAUUGAAGGAGAAGAUGAUCUGGCAAAUUUAAAAAAAAAUUGUUCUAACUUGCAUCAGACUUUAAUCCCACAUGGUGCAGUAGCUACGUGCCUCAAUGAUGAUACUAAAGGAAGAGCUUUUUGUACUCUGCCAUUGCCUUUAAUGACUGAACUCCCUGUACAUAUCAGUGGAAAUUUUAUUGUGGACAAAGCUCGUAGAUUCAUCUGCAGAGAAGAUGGUGGAAGUCCAAAAACAGAAUGGAACACAUUUCUCCUUUCAAAAGUUAUUGUUCCACUUUACUGCAGUUUUCUUGAGCACAUACAGAAUAAAAUCAAUAUGAAUAGUGGAAUUCGUACAUUUAAAAAUAUGUCCUCAUGCAAAGAUAUUCUAGAGAAAAUGUUUUUAAGGUUUUUCCCCAGUGUAACAAAAUCUGUGUCCCCUGAGUGGAGGGAAAUGGUUAUUGAGGUCUAUCAAACAAUUUCUAAAAAUCAUUUAAAAUUCAUUCCAGUUUUCAGAGAAAUAAAAAAAAAAUUUGGCCACACUCAGACUGUACACAUUGAGUGGUCAACAGUGGGUCAGAACUCUAUCACUGAGGAACCCUAUUUUCUCUGUGACACUGAAUGGGACAAUUUGAAGCAUGUUUUGCAGAACAUCAACAUGAAAUUGUCUGCUUUUAGUACCUCAAGCCCUCUAUAUAACGAACUGAGCGCAUCUGCCAUAAACAUUCUUAAAUUAAGCCCUAAAACGCUAUGCGACUUCCUAAGGAAUAUUCAGCUCCAUUCAGAAGGAUAUAAUCUUCCUAGGCCAGUCUGUGAGACCCUUUUUAAAAACAAUAACAAUUGCAUGUUACUGCUAAAAUACUGCCUAAAAGACUGUGGUGCAAAAAAAGCAAUUGAUCUACAAGGAGUCCCUCUCUUAGUAACAGAAGAUGGAAUGGUACAAAAAUUCAACAGAGAAGAGCCUAAAUAUUGUACAAUGUUUGGUUCGCUGUUUCCACUAUUCAGUGAUAUGUUUGCAAUAAACAAUAUUCACAGCAAUCAAAAACUGAUAGAAUAUGGCUUCUUACAACAUUUAACUAUUCCAAAUGCAGAAGAUUUAAUAAAAAAACAGUUGGGUCCCAAAUUUCAGACAUCUUGUCUCACACUUCCUGAAGAGAAAAAAGAGUGGCUGAAGACACUAUGGAUGUUUUUUGAAUAUGAACUAAAUGACAAUAAAAAGGACAAGACAAUUCAAUCAAUCUUUGAAUUAUUCAUUGACUGGGCAAUUCUUCCAGUGUGCUAUCAAAAUAACCUUGAUGAAAUUUGUCUACUGUCUUUAGCCAGUCGUAAGAAGAUUAUGUGUACUUGCUCUAGUGAAAGGGAUAAAUGCCUCUUUAAGCUGGGGUUCCCUAAGUUAGAAACUCUAAUGUUAUCCACAGAAAUAAAAAUUAACAUUUUAAGUCCAUACCUUUUGAACACAGAUGAUUGUUGUUUAGUUCUUCAACAGCUGUGUUCUACACAAGAUAUUAAAUGGGAGGUACUUGAUGACCUAACCCUUGAUAUGUUACUGAUGUUCUUCUUAUCUGGCAUUGAAAAAGUGGGCAAAAAUGGAGACUAUCUAAACCAACUACAAUCGCUACCUUUGUUUGAGACACAUUGUCAAAAACGACAAAGUUUACAGGCAUGUAAGCAGAUAUAUAUUCUUAACGCUACAUUUCUACUGGAAUCAAAAAUACUCUAUGGAUUGGAUUCUCAAUAUAUUUUUCUCAAAAACAACAAACUUAAUAAACUAUUGAAAGAAUAUAUAAGCAUUACUUUAAUCAAUGAUGUAGAUUUUGUCAUUGAAUUUCUUAUUCCCCGUUUGGAUACCCUAAAUGAAAAUGAAAUAUUUCACUUGAUUAGUUUAGUAAUACAAAUUCAAAGAUUAUGCCCAGAUGACAGAAUUAUAAAUGCUCUUAAAGCAGUGAAACUAAUACAAAACAGAGAAGGCAUACGUCAAAAGGCUUCAUAUUUUUAUGACCAUACUGUGAGUUUGUUUCGUUUAUUUGGCCUUAAAUCAAGAUUUGUUCCUAAAGAAUUUAUUGCAAAAUUUGGAAAAAAAGAAGAAGAUUUAUAUAGAUUAUUAUUGAAUCUUGACAUGCAAAGCAAGGCUUCAGGUGAUGAUAUCAUUCAGUUUGCUACCAUGAUUGAAAAAGAAUCAAAACAUCCAGUUUCUUUAGAGGAACUGACUAAAAAGAGUGAACAACUGUUUAAAUAUUUUCUCUUCAUGGAUGCAAAGCAGAUUACACAGAACUUUACAGCUAAAAUAAUGAACAUUAAAUUCUUGCUUCCAUUAGCUGUUAACCCUGAUUUGGAAAGUAUUCAUCCUUCAUAUUCUAAGAAAACAACUACCGUUGCUCUCAAAGGGUCACUGCUAAAACAAAGUAGAAAAGAUGAAUUAUUAAUAUGGACAUCGAUGGUCAUGCUUGAGUUAAAGUUUACACCUGAUAAAAGCCAAGCAAAGAUGUUGACUAUGUGUGGAGUUCUCUGUACACCACCAACUCAGCUAGUAAUAAAUAAUCUAAAAAAUGUGUGUAGUGCUUCAUGUAAAAAGAAGCCAUUACUGGAAAUACGCAGUCAAGUGCUCAACGCAAUUUACACUUUCCUACAUGAACAAGAAAAUAUUGAUUUCAGUGUCUUGAGUGAUGUGCCGUUCAUAUUGGUGGAUAAUGAAACUAAACUAGUAGAAGUGAGACAGGUUGUUUUUAGUCUUCAUAAUGAAGACUGUUUUCGGCCAUACCUGUACAAGUUGCCUUCUUUACUUGCAUGCUAUUCUAAGCUUUUCCAAACUCUUGGAGUAGAACCUGAUGCUACCGAAUCACAUUAUGCAAUGGUUCUUAAAACAAUUUAUUUAGAGACAAAUGACAAAAACUCCCUACACUCUAAUCUUAAAAAGACCAUUCCUGAAGCUACAGAACAAUUUUUUAAUUUGUUGAUGUACAAGAAGUCAAAUGACAUAAAAAGUCUGAAACCACUAUAUCUUGCAGCCACUGAUACAAAACUCUAUGAUUCUUCUAAUCUAGUUUUCAACAACUGCUAUCAUCCUAAAGUCAUAAAUCAAUGGUGUAAAACACUUAAAUUUAUUUGGUUUCCUCAUAAAUUUGAUCAGUUUGACCAGAAGGAAUUAAUCAAUCUUUUACCUAUGGAUAUUCGACCAAAGCUGCUGUCACAGAUUACAAAAGAAAAAAUCAGUUAUAAUUCUAACGACAUCUGCACAUAUAGAGAAAACUGUGAGGUUAAAUGUCGCUUACAGAAAAUUCUUUUCUCUCAAAUAUUUCUGAAAGGUCUUGCCUGGCUUUUGAGAAGUCAGAGUGAUGGAAAAAUUUCUGAGGAGGAGGCUUUACUACAAUGUACUACUGUGUUUGGGAAGCUAGAGAUAAUGUGCCUUAAAAAACUGCAAACCAGGCUCAUAUACAAAGAUGAGCCAUUAGAUUAUUUUUUUAAUAAAGCAGUUUUUGUGGAAAGAGAAAAGGAAAGCCACUGCCAAUUUUACAUCAGGCAUAAUGAUUCAAAGUUCAGAAACCAUUUAGAAGUUAUAUCUACUCUUGCAGAAGAAAUUAAUAAUAUCAUGGGACAUGCAUAUAAACCAAAAUCACAAAACAUUAUUAUGGAAAUGCUAAGCUGUGAUGAUACUGAUGAGAUUACCAAUGUACUUAAUGAUCACAAUAUAAAAAGUACUAAUCUAAAUCACCAUCCUUUUUCUUUAUCAAACCCAGGAGAACCAAUUCCAGAUGAGUGGUAUGACUCUUUGGACAUGAGCCCUCUAAAUAAUUUUAUAGUGGGUGAAUAUGUUGGGUACAUGGAUCCUUCUGAGGAAGAGUGCUAUCUCUAUGCUAUAGUAAUUGGGGAACUUGAUUCUAAAAAAUUUGGAAGCUGUGAAAUUCAAAUGUAUCGUAUAAACAUUGGUCAAAAUCGCAUCAUUGAUGUUAGCAUACUUGAUUUGUAUCAGUUCAAAAGAGCUAUUGGCCAAAACAGUAAUGCACUGGUAUUGGUUGAUAAUCCAAGAAAACAAGAAGAAAUGCAUGAAAAAUGGUAUGAAAAGUCAUUAGAUGAUACCAAAAAGGAGAUUGAUCAGUACCUUAGCAAAAUAUGGGAGUUACCCAAUGAUGAACAGAAAAAGGCCAUCAGACGUCUUUACCUGAAAUAUCACCCAGACAAGAACAUUGGACAAGAGGAACUUUCAACAGAAAUUUGCAAAUAUAUUCAGCAACGAAUCAGUGAUUUGGAGGCAGGCAGGCCAUUCAGCAGUCAGAGAUCUUCUGAAUAUAAAUCCAAUUCUUCCAGUGGCUUUUCUAAUUUUUGGAGAGGAUGGGAUAGUGAAGCUUCUCACCAUCGAAAAUAUCGAGAACAUUUUACCAGAAAAACAAAAUGUGAUUAUAAUUUCUGGGAAUUCCACAGCAGGCAUACCCGGCCAAAUCCUGAAGAAGCUCGGAGGUGGUUCAGACAAGCAGAGUAUGAUCUGAGAGCAGCUGAAAAUGAUGUUGAUCAUGACAGCACUGAAUGGGUAUUUUACAAAAUACACCAGGCUGUGGAAAAAGCUUUAUUUGCUGCACAAUAUCUUAAAAAUGGAAAAAUUGACAAAAAUACUAAUAUAGGAUGCUUGGCACAUGAUGUCUCUACUUACUGUAGGAGUCUUCUGAGCAUUAGUGAGCAAGUGUCAAAAAUGAUACGCUAUGGAGUUGAUAAACUAAAAACACAAUACCCAAAUAGCCAUACUCCACCUGGCAUUCCUCAUGACAGAACUCCAUCUGACAAAGAACAAGAGGUGAUGGUGCUGGCUAAAGAUGUCCUACAGAAAAUAAAGGCUUAUGUGCUCUAAGGUUUCCUACAGGAUCAGUCACUUUUUUUUUAACCUGAUCUUCAUUACACACUUAAGAUUUAAAUAAAUGCAGUGGAGUUUAUAUUGUUGCAUGUGGUGCAAAUCAUAUAAUACAGUAAAAUACAACAACUCAUAUAAUACAGUAAAAACUUUAAACAUCAGACAUGAAAAAAUAUUUACAGAUAAAAAGUAUUUUUAUUGUUUAAUGCAAUACUUAUGUAAUAUGUAAUUAAAGGGACAGUCUACACAAAAAUUGUUAUUGUUUAAAAAGAUAGAUAAUGACUUUACUACCCAUUCCCCAGCUUUGCACAACCAACAUUGUUAGAUUAAUAUACUUUAUAACAUUUAAACCUCUAAAUUUCUGCCUGUUUCAAAGGCUCUAUUGACAGCCUCUUAAUCACAUGCUAUUUUAUUUGCUUUUCAAAAAAGGAAGCUGAUAGUUCAUGUGAGAUAUAUAGAUAACAAUGUGUUCAUACUCGGGAAGUUAUUUAAGAGUUAGCACAACACAAUACUAAAUGCAACUCAAUAGAUUUUAAAUAGUCAGUCAUGUGAUCAGGGGGUUGUCAGAAGAUGCUUAGAUACAAGGUAAUCAAAGAAAAAAAAAGUAUAUUAAUAUAACUGUGUUGGUUAUGCAAAACUGGGGAAUGGGUAAAAAAGGGAUUAUCUAUCUUUUAAAACAAUAAAAAUUCUAUUGUAGACUGUCCCUUUAAGGGUUAGGGGCUGAUUUAUCACAGCCCGAAUGGGGCCGUAUAUCCCUGUUUCCGAAACAGAUAUUAAAAUCUCUGGUGGACAUGAUUGCUACAGCGGAUCAUGUCCGCCAGACACAUGAUAAAUCGGCCCCUUAGUCUUAAUAUCUUAUCUACAGUACAUGAAAAUGUGGGUGUAAAAAACAAACUUUUUUAAAGUAUUCUUAGAAUGCGUUGCAAGAUUCUAAAUAUUGUAUAUUCUAUCUCUCUCUUUCUCCUCCCUCCUAAUUUUGUACAGAAUAUAUAUUCAUUUUUGUAUUAUUUAAAGCCAGUAAUAAAUGUGAGAUUUCAAACUAUUGAACUCUAGAUGGUUCAGUGAAAAAACUUACACUUGUUAGGUCUAUUUUAUAGAUUUGUUUUUAUUAUUCUUUUUAUUAAGGAAUAAGAUUGUACAUCCAGGUUGUAAACAAGGUUACAUACGAAUUACAGCACAAUGCACAUGAUAACUCAUAUGAGAAGAUGAAGAGAAAAAAAAGUGUUCUUGUCAUACAAAUAGUCCAAAGAGUACAUAAACAAGUUAGCAAUGUUCUUUUGAGGAAAAGUAGAAUAAUCCUGUUUGAAGAUUAUGUAGUUUGUAUUUAUUGUUGAAAAUAAAGAGAUUUUGUAAUCUA